UCAACACUUUCGCCACACCAAAAUAUUCCAAUUUACCGAAUUUUCCAUUUUCGUUUGUCAACGUUUUUUAUACAAAUGAUCAACACUUGAAUUGAAUUGAAUUGAAUCAAAUUCAAAUAUCAUCAAAUUAUGUAUCCAAAUUCACAAGAACAAUCACAACCACUUAUAGUGGAAGAACAAGAAGAAGAAAAGCCACAAGAAACAGCAUAUGAUUCAUCAGAAAAGAUAGUGGUGGUAGGAAUAGACGAAUCCACAAACUGGGGUACCUCGGUGCCACCAUUUUCAUGGAAGAAGCUAUGGCUAUUCACUGGACCUGGUUUUCUAAUGAGUAUAGCGUUUUUGGAUCCAGGGAACUUAGAAGGAGACCUACAAGCUGGUGCCAUUGCUGGGUAUUCUUUGUUAUGGCUUCUUAUGUGGGCCACAGCUAUGGGACUUUUGAUUCAGCUUUUGUCAGCUAGGCUUGGUGUGGCUACAGGGAAGCAUUUGGCUGAGCUUUGUAGGGAGGAGUAUCCUAGAUGGGCUAGGUAUGUGCUUUGGGUUAUGGCUGAGUUUGCUCUUAUUGGUUCUGACAUACAAGAGGUUAUUGGUAGUGCUAUUGCUAUUAGGAUUCUUAGUAAUGGAGUUAUUCCUCUUUGGGCUGGUGUUGUCAUUACUGCUCUUGAUUGUUUUAUUUUUCUCUUUCUUGAGAACUAUGGUGUGAGGACAUUGGAAGCUUUUUUUGCUGUUCUCAUUGGUGUAAUGGCACUUGCUUUUGCAUGGAUGUUUGGUGAGGCAAAGCCAAGUGGCAAAGAACUUCUAGUUGGUAUUUUGGUUCCAAAACUCAGCUCCAGAACUAUACAACAAGCUGUUGGAGUUGUGGGAUGUCUUAUAAUGCCUCACAAUGUAUUCUUGCAUUCGGCUCUUGUUCAGUCAAGGCAAGUUGAUCACAGCAACAAAGGCCGAGUUCAAGAAGCGCUUAACUAUUACUCAAUAGAGUCAACAAUUGCCUUGAUAGUCUCCUUUAUCAUUAACAUAUUCGUCACAGCUGUGUUUGCAAAGGGGUUUUAUGGUUCCGAAGUAGCAAAUAAAAUAGGCCUUGAAAAUGCAGGACAGUAUCUUCAGGAGACAUAUGGAGGUGGAGUUUUUCCGAUAUUGUAUAUAUGGGGUAUUGGGUUGUUAGCAGCUGGUCAAAGUAGCACUAUAACUGGUACUUAUGCUGGACAAUUUAUCAUGGGAGGCUUUCUAAAUUUAAGGUUGAAGAAAUGGAUGAGGGCAUUGAUUACUCGUAGUUUUGCAAUAGUCCCAACCAUGAUAGUUGCUCUUAUGUUUGAUGCUACGGAGGACUCACUAGAUGUUCUGAAUGAGUGGCUUAAUGUACUUCAAUCGGUUCAAAUUCCCUUUGCGCUUAUUCCUUUGCUUUGUCUUGUGUCGAAGGAGCAGAUAAUGGGCACUUUCAAAAUUGGCCCUGUCCUCAAGAUUUUUUCGUGGAGUGUGGCUGCUCUUGUGACAGUGAUUAACGGCUAUCUGUUGUUGGAAUUCUUCUCGGCUGAAGUGAAUGGAAUAAUAGUUGGUGUUGUAGUGUGUACAAUAACCGCUGCAUAUGUUGCAUUCAUAAUAUAUCUUAUUCUGCGGGCGACCACAUUUUCACCUUGGCAAAGUGUAACGCGACCAAAGGCGAUACUUCCCUCAGAUAGUUGAGUGAAUAAUGGAUCCUUAGAACUGCAGACUAGGAAGUAGUAUUGUUGUACCAGUUGGCUUUCAUGAUGCAAUAGGCAGGGGCCAUCUUAGUGUUUGCCCUGCAAAUUAUAAAUAAUUCAGGGUAUACUUUAGGUGUUAUAUUGCUUUGAAAUUUUGUUUUUGAGGCUUUGGAAACACAUGUAGUGCUUGACCUUUGUUGUAAUAUCUUAGGCUACUCUACUUUCUAGCAAAAUUGAAUUAAAAUACUAUCCCAAGCA